AUGGGCUGGUUCACUGAUUUUGUCGGAUAUUCUUCUAUUCUAACUUCAGUACUUGUUAUCACUUGUACUCUGGCCUACAUUCCUUAUAUGCUUCAUAGAAUGGAAGCUAUAACCGAGGCAUUGAAAGUCCAUAAUGACGAAUUUUUGGUGCUGGAGACUGAAGCCAGAAGUCAACUUGGAGAGCUUCGACACGAUUAUCCUAGAAUCCGAAGAGCCACGAAUUACAACAGGAAGAGACAGACCGGAGAAUGUCAAUGCGAUGGUCAGAACGUUUGCCCUGGCGGACCAAAGGGACAACCUGGACGUAACGGAGAGGAUGGAAAUCCAGGACAACCCGGGUCUCCAGGAGAGCCAGGAACCACUGGAAUCACUCCACCAACCGAUUACGCGAAUGAGAAAUCGUGCCGCCAGUGUCCACCCGGACCACGUGGACAGCCAGGAUACGGAGGACCACCGGGACCACCAGGACUUCCAGGACAACCGGGACACAAUGGAAACUCUGGACGGCCUGGAAACAACGGACCAAUGGGACAACAAGGAGAGUCAGGACGAGAAGGGCAACCUGGAAAAGCUGGUGGACCAGGAUCUCCCGGCAGAGAUGGAAUUCGGGGAUCAAAGGGAUCUACUGGAGACAAGGGACCAAAUGGGCCACCUGGACAGAAUGGACCACCAGGAUGGGCGGGUCGAGAUGGAAACCAAGGACCACAAGGGCCACCAGGACCACGUGGAGAACCAGGAGGUCCAGGCACUGAUGGUUUCCCAGGAUUCAGUGGGAAUCCUGGACCGGAUGGUGUGCCAGGAACCGACUCGGGAUACUCAAGAUAUAUUAAAUUUUUUAAUGGAAAUAAUAAAGCAUUUAUUAAUUUUUUAAUUAAUUUUGAACCGCUUGUAUAA